AAUAAAGCGAAAUAGCGCGAGGAAAUGAGAGGACGGACGAUUAUUAAUCCUGUAAAUGGUUAUUAAUAAUUAACCCGUUAAAAGGCUCCCAGUUUAUUUCGAGGAUUCGUCCAUAUGCUUAACACAUGCAAGUCGAACGUUGUUUUCGAUCAAGUCAGGGGGGAAGAAGCGGGGUAGAGGAAUUGGUCAACUCAUCAGGCUCAUGACCUGAAGAUUGCAGGUUCGAAUCCUGCCCCCGCCUCAAAACUAUUGAAACUAAAUGCAAACACUAUUCACUUUUUUUCCUCGAAUGUCUAAAGUUUUAGUCAGAAUCUCGACAGUUGUCUUAUUUUUGUUGACCUUAUUCGCCAUAUACUCUUUUGUUGUACUUUUCGGCUUGGAUUGGACUAUGCUAUUGGUAAAGAAGAUAAAAGCUAUGCUAUUUGAGAAAUCUGUCCACUUCCUAUUUAGUGGGCUCGGGUGGGGAUGGAGGGGGGCUGCCCUAUUUCUAGCAGUGAAAAAUGUUUUAGAAUGGGUCUAUCCAAUAAUAGAGAAUAACCUGACUCUCUACGUCGGGAGCGACGGUGCCAGCUCUUCGAAACGGCCGCCUCUUGACCUUAAUUUUCCCCCUGCGGAUGAGAUGGAGCCUGACUCAACCUCGGAACCGAACGACCAAGGAGCGCUACCUCUAUCAAUCGCCGAGCUGAGGACUCUUCAUAGGUUAGGUGGCAGCGUUGAAGCUCCUGACAGUCAGCUAUUGCGAGAAGCGCGAGCGAUCGUGCAGCUAAAAGGGGCAAUAGCCGAUCGCAUGUAUCAAUUGGAUAGGGAGAGACCUGAAUUUUGGCGAGAAAAAAGAGAUGCCAUUAUUCAGGAUUCUAUUCUCACAAAUAGGCAAAAAGAGUACUCUUCUCGCAAGCUCGAGCAGAAGCUUGAGCAGUUAAUGCGGUCAGAUGCGGAAAGAACCGCCACAUAUAGGAGCAUAUCCAAGAUUCGAAAGAAGUUUUUUGAGCUCCAAUUUGAGUUCUCUUUUAAAAAAAAGUGAGAUGCCCAAGGAACGAGGAAAAAAAUCGACAAGGAAUCCAUAUUAAUAUUAACAAGAAAGAAUCCGAAUUAACUUAAGGAAUUUUUUUUUAAUUGAAAGUGGAUUUGGAAAAAAUGAAAUCUUUAAAGGAAUCUAGAAAUAACAAAAAAUCGUGAAUGAAGUGACGAAGAUUCUGUUCAAUAUGAGUUUAAUCCUGAAGCGUGACGAGAAAAAUUCUCAACGAUGAACCGCGAUUUAGUCCCAUUAGACCCUAAUUUGAAUUCUCCGACUCCGAUAGUACCCAAUUUUUUUCCUAAUAAUUAUUUGGACAUGUCGCCUUCUUUCUCCGAAAGUUCGCGUUCUAGUUCUAGUGCAGGGUCCAUCAAUGACAUCCUCUAUACAGAGGAUCCUACCUUUAUUCGAUCUUUACAGAUAAGUAUUGAAGAGAAAGUUCGAGUUCUGGUUGAGCAAACUGGACUGAAUACGAUCUACGGGCCGAAUUACGUUUAUUUGGGGCAAUGGCUCCAUGGGUCCUUGUCCUUUGUUACCUAAUUCCCUUAAACACGCGCAUCUUUCGAUGAGAAUGAAGAUGUUAUUAGCUA